AUGGAGAUGGAGGAGGAGCAAAGCAAGGAGGAAAUCGUCCAACAGUUGGAGGAAGGAAAGGCAAAGACAAGAAAAGGGAAUUUGAUUUUAAAAAAGCGAAAGGGAGAAUUACACGAAUCUUCCAAGAGCUGUUUAUUCAUUUGCAGCAACAAGAGGACGGAAGAACUAAAGAAUUUCAUGCAGGAUCUGUAUAACUUACAGAAGCCAUUCACAUGCUACAUGCCAAAAGUGCACCCAAAUUUGGCAGACAUACAAACGAAACUGAAUGAGCUUGUCGACUUAUGUGUACAUAACAGCUGCUCCUUUUUUUUGUCUGUUUUUUCAACGAAGAAGAAACCGUCGAGAUUUAUUAUGGGAAGAUUAUACAACAACAAGCUGUUCGACUAUUACGUCUUUACUUUACUGUCAUACAUUCCUAUGAAAAUGUUUCCCCACGCAAAGGACGUCCUCUGUGACACCAAACCGAUCGUCCUCAUUCAGGGGUCCUACUUUGAGGAGACUGACGUUACGAAGAAUCUGAGGAAUGUCCUCUUCGACUUUUUCAAGCACAGGAACGUAGACACCGUGAGCAGUUCCUCUGUGCAGCGUCUUAUCGUGAUUAGCGCGUUCAGCGAGGGUGCCACCCCCAACCAGGUACUCUCCUUCCGCCAGUACCUACUCAAAAAGGAGCACUUCGGCCACCCGCAUGCAAGUGACCUUCCCCCUUUGGAGGAAAUCGGCCCACGCUUCAACUUCGUUUUGGACAACUCCCAGAUUGCAAACUACCACCUCUUCGAAGAGGCAACCAAAAAUGUCGAUCAACUGUUAAAAAAGAAAAGCAAAAAAAAAUUAAAGAACGUCCAAGUGGACGAAUUGGGAAACACCAUCAAGCGCGUCUAUGUACAGAAGCAGAGCUUUGGAAAGCUACACACGAAGCAUACCAAACUACACAAUCGAGUGAAGAAAGCGGGACGCAAGACCCAGCCAGGUGGAGCGAAAAAUGCAUGA